ACAAAACUGAACUUGCCGUAAUGCCGUAUUAUACUCAUACGGUAUAAUAUAGUAUCUACGGUACAGCUGAUGUAGUUUUUAGACUUUAGUACCUGCGAAUCGCUCAAUCCCGGAUCCCCAUGUUUUUAAUAAUAUUAAUUAUUAUAAUAAUAUAAUCUGCUUCGUGUUCCACAAAAGUCAAAACGUACAUGUUUUGAAUAUAAAUAGAUUAAAUAUUAUAAUCUUUCGAUAAAACAAGCAAUUUAAAUAUUGAUACUUAUUACAUUGUAGGUAGAAACCAACUAUAUACUAUAAAUUACAAUUAUUAAUAUUAGUGAGUAUAGUGACAGCGGCACGGCAUAUAUUUUCGGUAACGCACUAGCAAAAUCGUUGAAUGUAGACCGAAUUUAUGUUACUCAAAUAAUGUCAUGCUGAUACAUAAUACAGAUGUCGAUGUGAUGAAAAUACAAAAAUGAUGAGAAGGGGAAACUAUUGUAAAUAACGCGGCCGACGAAUCGACUUAAACAUUAAACAACUACCCGUAUAACCUACCUGCAUCACUAAAGGAUAUCGUACGUACAUGGAUAUUAUCCGCCAAAUCAGGUGAAUUAUAGUCGUCAAUGUUAAAUGUGCUGUUACCACUUGUAUCUGUACGGUGUACUUAUUUGAAUCGAUAAUAUACUUUUAUAUAUUUAUAUAUUAUUAUAUUGCAAUAAUUAAUAACUUUAAAUUUUCUUGUAAGUUUAAUAUGUUUUGUUGAUGCGACGUAGUUAUUAAGUAGGUAUGUUAUAUUAUUUAUUUUUUAAUUUGCUUUAAUAUUAUGUAUACCUAAUCUUACAUUAUAAUAACAUAAUCUAUAACAGUAUAAAGUACAAUGGAACCGUCAAUAAAAAAAAAUUCCGUGCAAAAUUUAAUCAGAAAUCCAUUCUCUAUGUUAACGCAUGAAGAACAAAUGGAAAUAAAGCAACUAGGACGACCGACUCCAGACUUGAAAGGUUUCAUUUCAAAAUCGAAAAAAUGCAACAAGGAAUACACACGUCAUUUUCAUGCAGAUACCUACAAAAACCACACGUGGUUGUGUGGGUGUGAAGUCGAAAAAGCAGUAUUUUGUUUUCCAUGUUUAUGUUUUGGUAAUACAUCUUCGUGGACUGAAUGUGGUAUAAAACAAUUGAGCCAUUUAUCAUCAAAAAUAAAAAUACAUCAAAAUUCAUUUGAUCAUUUACAAAGUGAAGUUAACCUUAAAGUGCUCGGCAAUCGUUAUGUAAAUGAUGAAAUUGAUAAACUUAACGAAAUAGAAAUAAAACGCCAUAAUGAACAAAUCGAAAAAAACCGUUAUAUUUUAGAAAUAUAUCUCAAAUGUGUACAGUUUUGUGGGGCAUAUAAUCUUUCGUUGCAGAAUCAAGGUAAUAAUAAUGUAAUGACCUCCAGUAAUAACAACAGCGUAUUGCUAGGCGCCGUUGAACUAUGCAAAAGUUCUGAUGUAAAACUACGUUGCUAUUUUGAAACUUCAACUAGCAUAGAUUGGACUUCUAUGACAAUCCACGACGAUUUGUUGGACUGUAUGUUCCUUGUAGCCCGUCAGAUCAUUUUAUCAGAAAUCGAAAAGGCGCAAUUCAUUUCAAUAAUUGUUGACGGGACCAUCGAUGUUUCAAGCACGGUUCAUUUUGUUUUACUGUUUCGCUAUGAAUUAAAUGGUUUUCCCGUGGAACGUUUUUGGGGAUUUUUCAACGCCACCAAUGGACACAAUGUAGUAUCGUUGACGCAAACAAUAUUGUCCGAAAUUAACUCGAUUGUAAAAGACGCGUCGUAUAAAUUAGUGGCUCAAUCGUAUGGCGGUACAGCGAUCAUCAGCAAAGUAAAUGUUGGGGUUAAAGAACUGUACCCUUACGCCCACUAUAUGCAUUGUCACUCUCAUCAUUUGCAUGUAGAGAUGACACAGGCAGUUUCUACGAAUAAAGAAAUACAAAUUUUCUUUUCGGAUUUAUCGGGUAUAACUGAUUUUUUUUCGAACUCGCCUCAAAAGGUAACUGUACUGGACGGGCUAAUAAACAACCAGUCGUCGCAGUCCAAAUGCGAUUUCACUGGGACGGGCGGCACUUUGAAGACUGUGUACUUAUAUCGAAGCGAGAUAAUGCAUUGCAUGGACAUAAUAAUAGAUACAUUGGAACAGACGUCGACAAUUAAUCAGGCAAAAUCAAUAAAACGUUUAUUGAGUGAUUCGGUUUUUGUAGUAUGGUUGUCGGUCUUCUAUGAAAUAAUGCCAAAUAUCCAGAGUUUCCACAAUAGUGUGAAAACCACCUCUACAGAAGACUCUGUCAAUGAAUGUCUCCCGAUUUUGGUUCAACAAUUCGAAAAACAAAUAUCUGAAGUACGUAAUAAGGUGACUAAUAUUAUUGAAAUUGCUUCUAACUUGCCGGACGUGAAUGUUAGAAUAAAACAGGAUGAGCAAUGCAAUAAUCUCAACUACAACAAUGAAUCCCGAAAACAAUUAGCUAUUGAAAUUUGUAAUACUUUAGUAGAUACAACGAAAGAUCGUUUAGAGUUCACUAAUCACUUAACCGUAGUUAAGCUAUUUCAAGCUGAAAAGUAUUCCGCGUAUUCAAAAAAAUUUCCAACUCAAUUAUUUCAGUGUAUGUUUCAUUGUUAUCCAUUUUUUGAUAAAGAUAGAUUGAAAACUGAGCUUCAAGUUAUAUAUUAUAGAGAUGAUUUUCGUAAUUUGUCUGGUAUUAUUCCAACAUAUCGAUAUAUUUUAAAGAACGAUAUGAUUGAUACUUUUAAAGAAGUUAUUUUAUUAUUAAGAUUAUUAAUAACAAUUCCUCCAAUAACUGCAGAAAAUGAUAACAGUUAUUCAACUUUGAAAAUGAUUAAGACGUGCCUAGAAAACACCAUGUUCAAAGAAAAGUUGAAUGCUUUAACAAUGAUUAACAUUGAAAAUGAAAUGAUUUUAAAUGAUAUAGAUUUUAAUACAAAAGUAAUUAAUAUGUUUAGUGAAAGAAAAGAUAGAUGUUUAAAUUUCAAACAUAAAAUCAAGUAGUUUUAUUAAUUUUUAAUUUUGUUUAAUAUAAAAUAGUAUGUAAGAAACAAAAUCUAUGUAAACUAUUAUGCAUUUAUCUAUAAUAUUCUUCUUAAAUAAAAUAUAAUUAAUUUUUAAA